UGUAUUAUUGUGGCCUAGUGCCCUGUAGUCUGCACUUCCUGACGUCACCAAAUGUGGACUCAGGGGAGGUCCACAAUACCGGAGUGUGCCAUUAGGGACCGGUUUACGAAAGUUUAGGUUCACGAAAGUUUACCAGGAAACACUAGACCUGUUCGACUUGAUGCGGCGCCGCAACAUCAGACAGGCGGAUGACAUCAAAGUACCGCGAGAGCGUUUCGAAACCAAAUGAAUUUAGAGUUUUUCGAAUCCUUCUCGCGGUACUUUGAUGUCAUUCACCUGUAGGAUCUUGCGGCGCUGCAUCACGUCGAACAAGCCUACUAUAAACAGUGUUGAGAUUGUGCGUCAUCGUGUUUUGCUGCGGAUAUUUAAAGCCAUAUAAACGCGUUGAAAAUGGUACUGAAUAACUUCCUACCUAUUGCGUCGGUGCUUUGGUCACACACUGGUACUCUGUUGCUGUUUUGCUUCCUAUUUCUCUUGAUCGCAGACCAGCUGAGAAACAGAAAACCCAGAAACUACCCCCCUGGACCCACACCUCUACCUUUUAUCGGGAACAUCUUUCACCUGGAUGCCACACAACCUCAUAUUCACCUGACGAAGAUGUCUGAUCACUAUGGCAACAUUUUCAGCAUGCGUUUUGGAAGCCUGAACACUGUUAUUGUGAAUAAAUACAGCAUGGUAAAGGAAGCUCUUAUCGGCCAAGCAAACAUUUUCACAGGCCGUCCAAAUAAUGAUGUGCUUAAAAGGAUAAUGAACUGCCAAGGUGUAACCUUCAACAACGGCUACAGCUGGAAACAACAUAGGCGUUUCACUCUCAGUGCUCUUAAAUACUUUGGUGUGGGGAAGACGAGCCUGGAAUGUAACAUCAUGGAAGAGUAUGAAUUCCUGCACAAGGCCAUCAUGGAUACUAAUGGGGUGGCAUUUGACGCCCAUUAUUUUAUUAACAAUGCUGUCUCCAACAUCAUCUGCUCCAUGGUGUUUGGAAGGAGGUUUGAAUACACUGACCAGAGGUUUCUAAACAUGCUCAGUCUGUUGUCCAAAACCCUCAAACUACAAGGAUCAGUGUGGAUACAGCUUUACGGGGCUUUUCCACAUGUUAUGGAUCUUCUUCCAGGACCUCACAAGGAACUUUUCUCCUGCUUCGAACAAGUCCGUGCUUUUAUUAAGGAAGAGGUUGACAAACAUUAUGAAGACUGGGACCUUUCAUCACCCAGAGAUUUUAUUGACUGCUAUCUUAAUGAAAUUCAAAAGAGAAAAGAUGAUCAGAAGGCAGGAUUUCAUGAAGGGGGUUUGCAUUACUCCGUUCUUGAUUUGUUUGUGGCAGGAACCGAGACCACAUCUACCACUCUUCUGUGGGCCUUUGUGUACAUGAUGAAAUACCCGGAAAUCCAAGAAAAGGUUCAGAUAGAAGUAGACAGGGUAAUUGGACAAUCCCGCCGACCCAACAUAGAUGACAGAGCUAACAUGCCGUACACCAAUGCUGUCAUCCAUGAGGUCCAGAGAAUGGGUAAUGUUGUGCCCCUCAGCGUGCCAAGAAUGACCACUGAGAAUACAUUAUUAGGAGGAUAUUUUAUUCCAAAGGGUACACAGAUCAUUCCUAACCUGACAUCAGUACUGUCAGAUGAGACAAUGUGGAAGUCACCAUAUUUAUUUGACCCACAAAAUUUUCUCAGCACUCAAGGCAGCUUUGAAAAACCUGAUGCCUUUAUUCCUUUUUCAGCAGGAAAACGGUCUUGUCCAGGAGAAACGCUUGCCCGUAUGGAGCUGUUUCUCAUCUUCACAUCUCUUCUGCAGUCUUUUAAUCUCUGUCCUCCAGUUGGAACACAAAUAAACCUGGAUUUUAAAUUUGGGAUGACCCUUUCCCCAAAGCCAUUCAGAAUAAGUUUUCCUCCCCGUUAGCAGAACAACACUUUAUGGUACUGCAGUGCGUCAUGUUUACAUUGCCGAUCAAAGUAAAAAAUAAAUUUCACCUUAAGUACUUUA